CACACACACACCGCAGCUCCAUAUGACACGGUGCUGCUGCCAGGCGGAUUUCCAAACACCACCUCCUUUUUUUUUUCCUUCUUCUUCUUCUAAACUUUGUUCCAUGAAGCUGCUUUGAAACACUUAGUUUGAAAUUUCAUACUUUAACUGGAAGAACAUUUGAACUUUUUAAAUGCUCGCAGGAACUCAUUCAAGUGAGUAAAAAAAAGAAAAAGAAAAAAAAAGGAAGAAGGACGGUGCCUGGUGCCAUUCAACCGACUGAUGCCCCCCUCUCUGUCUGACUCGUGAAUCAUGUCACGCCGGAAACAGAAGAGACCCCAGCAACUAGUCAAUGCAGAUCCGGGGGGCCCAAAGCUGCCAUCGCAUGAUGACCACCUGAGCUUAAAGUCGCCAUCCACGUCCCUGGGUUCUGAUGUGACCUCGUCGGGGUCCGCUUCCUCGUCGCCCACGCCUCUGCAGGACUGCCAGCCGCCUCUGGCCCCUCGCCCGUCUCCUGGAGGGCUCCACGCGCCCUCUUUGCCCAGCGAGAGCUCGCCUCCGCCCCACUGGCCGAGCCACAUCGCCCCCUUCACCACAUCCCUCCCCAACACCCACUCCUCCCUCUCCCCGGACUUCCCCCACCCGUCGCUGUCCUCCCAGACUCAUUCGCCUCCUCCGUUGGACCCAACCUCUGGGACCGGCAGCCUGCCCCAUCAGGGCAGCUCCCACUCCACGAUGACCUCUCCGCCAAUGGGCAGCUCUGCCACCACCACUACCUCCUCCUCUUCUUCCUCCUCUCAGCAUCCUCAACCGGACAGCUCCAGUCCUGGCCAGCAGCAGGCCUCCACCUCAUCGGGGGAGCAGGGGCAGAUCCAGGUCCCGCCAACCCUGGCGGUGCUCCUGGAAGAGCUGAGGGUCCUGCAGCAGCGGCAGAUCCACCAGAUGCAGAUCACAGAGGAGAUCUGUAGGCAUGUCCUCCGGCUCGGCGGGGCUGUCUUUGGCCARGACGCUGCCGCUGCACAGGCCGGUGGUACAGACGGCAAUCAGAAGUCCACAGGAGCGUCCUCUUCAUCGCCAACCCACCCUUCCUCUGCCACUCCGGUAACCACAGCUUCAUCACUUCUGACGGGACUGCCGUCUUCCCUCUUCCCCCAACCAGCCGCCUCUAAAUCAGGCACUUCGCUUAUUAGCGGGGGCAGAGCUACAUCCUCCUCAACCUCUAGCCCACUGUUAUCCUCCUCUUCCUCGGCUAUUUCAUCCACCAUCAGCUCAUCUGUUGCUUCUCUUCACCCUCUCUCCCUGUCGCUGGGCCUGUCGCCGCGCUACCUGCAUGAGAAAUCCUCCAACACGUCUUCGUUUGGUCACAGCAAUGGCAUCAGUUUCCCAACUCCCCCGCUUCCCACGACCAGCCAUCCUCAGGACCUUCAGUCCGGUUCGCCCCUCGCGUCGGCUGCCUCGUCGGGACGCCCUCAGCACGUCUGCCGAUUCUGUGGGAAGGUCCUGAGCAGCGACUCCUCGCUCCAGAUCCACCUGAGAUCGCACACGGGUGAGAGGCCCUACCAGUGUCCCGUGUGCUUGAGCCGCUUCACCACCAGAGGGAACCUCAAAGCCCACUUCCUGCGACACCGGGAGCAGAACCCAGAGCUGUCCCUGUCCCUGCUGCCCCCGGCGCUGUCAGAGCAAGCGCAGAGCGGAUCGGCAUCAGGGACCAUCCAGAGGAGGAGGAAACGAAGAGCCGAUGAGGACGAGGCAUACCACGGCGUAAAGGGAAGUGUUCCCGGAAUGACAGAGAGCAUGGCUUUAGGGUUACUGACCGGUGCAUCGACUCGACCCUCACCUUCCUCCCUACCACUGCCCCCCUCAGUGGACAUGGCACUGUUGUCUACAGCCCAUUCACUGUUACAAUUAAACAGAGCCUCUGCUGCAGCGGCUGCUAGCACGUCCAGCUCUGCACUGCCUUCUUCGUCUCCAUCCUCCUCCUCUGGUCAGUUUAAAGGAGCAAAGCAGCAGCGGUUUGAUGAAAACACUCCUCCUCACUCUGCUCUCCAUGCGACCUCRCCGUACUCCCAGCUGGCCCACCUGCCCAAGAUUCUCUUUCCUGGAGGCGCCUCCCCGCACCACCUCGCGCUUCUCCGACCGCCAGGCCACCCAUCUGCUUCCCACCUCACGCUGCCUCAUCAGCUACCCUUCCCCUUCCCGCCUUUCCCUAAACCAUCCACCUCCUCCUCUUCUUCCACCACCUCUGCACAAACCUCAGACACCUCCAAGCUACAGCGGCUGGUGCAGAAGCUAGAAAAGCAGCCACAGGGCGGCRCCUCCUCUGCCUCUUCACCUUCCACCUCAUCGCAAACCAACGCGGAGGUCAACGGGGAUCCAAAUGCCCGUGACAUGACCACCACCUCCAGUGCCUAUCGUAGGGAAAUGUUGGCWGCUCUGGGACUGAGCCCCAGUGUCAGUGCUGCAGUGACCGGCCAGGGUGUCUCAGGUUCAACAACAACCAGCUCUUCCUCGUUCAURCCCACUACUCAAACAGCUAAUCAGUGUGGAGUGUGUCUGCGUGUCCUCAGCUGCCCCAGAGCUCUCCGUCUGCACCAGGCAACACAUUUAGGAGAGCGUCCAUUCCCUUGUAAGCUCUGUGGGCGUUCCUUCUCCACGAAGGGGAGUCUCCGGGCCCACUUGGCCACGCAUCGCUCGAGACCACCCAAUGCCCGUGCCCUGAACUCUUGCCCUCUCUGCCCACGGAAGUUCACCAACGCGCUGGUUCUUCAGCACCACAUCCGCUUGCACCUUGGAGGGCAGAUACCGCCGGAUGAGGAGGUGCCACCCGAAGGCACCGCAGAAAGCGAAAGCGCUGCCUUUGACGAAGCCGCCAACGAAUCCUUCAACUCUCAGUAUAAACCGCCACAGGUCCUUCCUCUGGCCCUGACAACAGGGUUCAAACCACCAGCAGAGACCGUCAUCUCAGGGUCCACAUUUAAGCAACUCAAAGCCAACGAUGCAGAUGUGAAAGCGGAGGAAUCUGAAGGCUCAGCUCAAAGCGUUAGUCCACCCCUCAGCUGUAAUCCCCCCUCGGCGGAAGCGGAGAACCUCUUGCGUCUUCGAGACAACACUCCAGCCGACGAAAGCUCCAUGCACUCCGAGGAGGAUGCUCACACUGAGCUGGGCAGCGUCAGCUUGUUCAAAGCACCCACAGCCAGCUCUUAUUCUGUUGUAAAGAAUGUAGAUUCUGAAGCUGAGGAAGCCCCUCUUUCUCUCUGCGUCUCAAAGCCCGACGCAGAUAACAACACCGAGAGCUGUUCCACAAAUGAGCCCCAAACCAGUCCCAGUAAACCCCCCCUGGCUGUGAAACCUGUAUCUGCACUCACCUCUCCUCCUAGCCCCAGAGCUGCCGACCCAGAGAAGGAGACUUCUGGCAGCGGACCGCAGGAACCGUGGGGACGAGACACUCCCCAGAGCAAAGGGAAGAGCGAGACCACCGCACCUAGAGAGUCUUCAGCUGCGUUGACUCCAGAACCGGAGAAGGAUGCUCAGAUGAAGGAGAGUCUUAGCCUGCCAGAAAAACCUUCUGAGGACUCUGAGACUUCCGUGGCACCACCUCCACCUCGCCCAGACAAGCCCUACAGCUGCUCCCACUGUGGGAAGGCAUACGCCAGCCGAAGUGGACUCAAAGGGCACAUGAAAACUCACCCGGGAGCCAUGACCAACACUCCCAUCAAGGCUCAAACCAAUGAAAGUGACGAAACUCACAGCUCGCAGUCGACAAUUAAGAACUCCGGACAGCAGGAGGAAAAGCCGGGGGCGAUUCCCGAGAAAGGUGACGACACAGAUCUUCCCCCAAUCAGUGUUGACUCUGACGUGACGCCUGAAACUACCGACACUGCAUAGAGUCAGUUUUUAAUAGAUCCUGACAAGGGAAUGUACUUUUUUAAUGAGAUGAGUUUUUUGUUUGUUUGUUUGUUUGUUUGUAGAGUCUUUAAUUCUAAUUGAUAUUUAGCUUUUGUACAAGGCAGAUAGAGUAUUUUGUAGUACUGUUAAGGAAAAUUUGUGAAUGUAGUAUUUCUGCUGUCUAUUUUUGUAUUUCAAAGACCAGAGUGAGGCCUUAUCUACCACUUCACAGCGUUGUCAUAAGAUUGAACUCUUUGCGCUUUUAUGCUGAUGUUUCCAGCACAUCAUGUAUAUUGUUGAGCAACUAGUAUAAGCUGAUUUUUAUUUUUUUUAAAGGAGUGUUUAGUGUUUCCAUACCAAAACUGGCCAUGUUAUUAAUGGCUAACGACUGUACGUAUGUGCUGCGGUUGCAUUUGCUGCCUUUUUAUUGGCAAUAGUGUCAUUCCUUUUUAUUGUUUUAAUUUUCAUUGCGAUGCUGCUGAACGCGUUUGCUGACGUGCUGAGUCGAGUUGCACUGCUGCUGCCCCAACAUCUACCGAACAGAACCACCUCUUAUCUGUAGUGAUCAGAAUUACAAUCGUUUUUUAAAAAAUAAGAAAAACUAAAGUCGUGCUCUUUCGAUUCUUUUCUGUUUUGAGAAAAAAUAAAAAUGAUGUGAUCUUUAACAAGUUCUGAACUAUUCUAACAUAAGAGUGUACAAAAACACACAACAGACCGCAUGAAGCUAAAAUGGAAAAGCUUUAGAUCCUCAUAUUACACCAUGAUUCCUGUUUUUUYUUUCUUUCUUUUUUUCUCAGCCAUUCUGUUGCACAGKGUGAAUCAAAAGUCACAGGACACCCUUGUAUUGUGCUCCAAGAUGGAAACCAUGUUCCAGACAUAGCCUAAAACAGUGAUUCUCAAAGUUUUCAGCUUUUUGCCCCCAGUUGUUGUCGGUUGAUAAACGUUGUUUUCACGUCAAAUAAACAAGAGCACAGUGACAUUAUUUAUUACAUUAUUUUUGUCCAUUUUAAGUACACUAACCUUAUUAUUUUGUAGUGGGUCACGACCCCAACGUUGGGAACCACUGACCUAAAACACAGGCCUCCUCACCAGUUACUUGUUGGGUUAUUCAGAUAGUUCAUUUUCCCUUUUCUUUUUGAAAUAAGAGUGUCCUGAAACAUGUGACUCACAUGGUGUCCUGAGACUUUUGACUCACCCUGUAGCUUUGCGGCUGUGUUURGGAUCUUUGUCUUGUUUAUGACCUGGUUUAGUCCAGAUUUGAACUCUCAGUCUCUAAAAAAACUUUGGUCCACAGCGGACUUUAUGGCCAACUGUGGCUGUAAAACAAACCCAAACCAUCAUCCCUCCACCUCCAUGCUUGGCAGCUGCAGGAGGCCUUGUCUAGUUUUAGUUGCAUUAUGGAUCGACCUCUCUACUUUAUGCUCAUUAUAAGAUAUUGUUAAGUCUUAUGGUUACCUUUUUAGCAAUGAUCAGUAUUUGAUCAGCAGCACCUUGCUGAUAAAUUUCAUCCUAAAUAUCGGGUUUUGUUUUUGUUCAGUACAUAACGACACGGUGGAAUCUGUUGUGUGUUCUUCUGCAGCUGAGGGUUAAUGAGCAUCACUUGGUAAUAGAGAUGAUUGAAUGUCCUGAUCGUCCGGCAGACUUUCUUUUUGUUACGACUAUACUUCCGUGAGCCAUCCUGUGCUCGCAGCUGUAAAAAACCCUUCCUACCAAAAUGUAAACGUUUUAAAUUUGUAUCGAUGAUGCUGACGGUGCGGUGAUUAGCGCUGUCACCUUCACAGCUGGGUUAAACAGGUGUGAGGGGUUGUCUGUCUCUGUGUCCCUGUGAUGGACCUGUGACCUGUCCCCCGACUGCUGCAGACAAAUAUCACUUCUCUCUCAAUCCAGGCAGUAAGCAAAAAGCUUGUAAAAGAAAGUGGAUGGGUGGAUUCUGAAGGUGCCCCCUUCCCCUCUUUCCCCUUCCAGCACUUGAGUGGUCUGCUCCUCCACCAGUCGUACGCACUCACUGGAUUCCUGCUCAGUUUUUUUACCAUUUGUCUGCUUUUGCCUUCUCUUUGUAACUCCCACCCCCCACCCACUACCCUCCUUUUUUUUUGUAGCGAUGACAGAAUGUGUUCCCACGCUUCCCAUGUGAUGUUAAAAAAAGAGAAAAAGAAAUAAAACAAUGUGAAGAGGA